UUGUGAAUUUCAAAAUUUUGGGAAAAAUGGCCAAUAAAAAAAAAUUCAGGCCACUUCUAACCCCACGCUAUUUACGUUGCAAGGGAAAUGCGAGGUUAUUAGAAAACGAUCUGCGACAUUAUAAUUCUCUGAGGAAAAGCAUUUUCGAAAUAAAGUCCAUAGUUGAUUCUGGCCCACCAAAGUACAAUUUCGGUCGAAUAAAUUGUCUUGAAUCACAAAAUGAUUACCGAGUACUCAUUAAACACAUAAAUGAGAAUAGAAGCUUGAUUAAAAGCUUGAAGGAAAUAGAAAAUCGACCAAACAAAUAUGUAUUGGUCGAUACAGGCAUAAUACCUAAAAAUGAAUAUUACCACAAAUUCAAAAUGAAACAAGAUAUGAAACGCGUGAGAGAAAAUGCAAUCCUAUAUAAUGCUAUCUGUCAAAUACAGUCCAAUUAUAAUUGUGAAAAUUUAAAACAUGAAUGGACGAGACGUUACCGGGCUUUCGUUGAUUCAUCCCGAUUUAAAUUUACUAUAAAUAAUAAACCAUCAAUGGAUGAAAGACUUAAAGCAUGGCCUUCUAUGAGUGAACUUCCUAGUUUAACUAAGAAUAAAACAAGGUGUUUAAUGACGUUCAAGGUUCAAGAUGGUGAAACAUUAGGACACGUCAAAUUUGAGCUUUAUAAUGGUAUUACGCCAAUUACGGUGGAGCAUUUCUGCAACAUUAUGAAAAUAUAUGGGGAGCAGUAUUUUGUUAAUGCAAUUAAACCGAAUACCUAUAUAGAAAUAAAAAAUUCAGUUAAAAUUGAUUCCCGUAAGAAAUCUAAGGUGUUUGUAAAUGAGAAAUACCUACUCAAUAAUUACCGACCAGGAGUUCUGUCAUUGGAAUUUAAACCGAAUUCGGACUUUCAAAAAUUUCAAGUCAGUUUAACCGCAGAUAAAAACAGAAAUACGUUCAUAAUACCCUUCGGAAAGGUAGUGUCUGGAUUUAAUACAUUUGUGAAAAUGAAUGGGUAUGCCAGAAGAAUUGGAAAACCUUUGGUUAAUAUUACUGUUACUAAAUUUAAAUUAUUAUAAAUUUUAAAUAAAACAAAAGUAGUUUCUUA